AUGACUACGCAGAAAAGACGGAUACAAUUGAAUUUCUUCGACACAACCUGCGCAGGAAACAAUACCACAAUUGGACCAUGGAAAGACCCAAAAGAUGCAUCUCGCAACUCUAAAGAUCGCAUGGACUAUUAUUUGUGGCUAGCCAGGACUGCAGAGAAAGGAAAGAUCAGCUCGAUAUUCUUCGCCGAUGUCUAUGCUGGUCACGAGGUCUAUGGUGGGUCCAUGGAAGCUACAUAUGCUGGCGGCUCGCAAGUAGGAGUACUAGAUCCCGUUGUCAUGAUCGGUCCUAUGGCUGCUGUUACGAAGUCUGUGGGGUUUGUCGUUACUGGGAGUUCGAGCUACAUUAAGCCAUACCUGUUAGCCCGUACUUGGUCAAGCAUGGAUCAUAUAACCAACGGUCGUGUCGCUUGGAAUGUGGUAACGAGCUACAGUAACUCAUCUGCACGUGCCAUGGGUCAAGAUAGUGUCGUCGCACAUGAUAAACGAUACGAAGCAGCGGAUGAGUACAUGGAAAUCAUGUAUCGACUGUGGGAAGGGUGUUGGGGGGACGGAGCUCAGAUAUUUGAUGUGAACAAAGGUUCAUUCGGCACUGCUUACGACUUUUCUAAGAUCCAUAAACUUGAUUUUCAAGGAAAGUACCACAAGCUUUCGGGGAUUCAUCAAACACAUCCUUCGCCACAACGCACACCCCUGCUAUUUCAAGCAGGUGCUAGCAAAGCUGGGAUUCAGUUUGCAGGGAAGCAUGCAGAAGGUCUGUUCUGUGGCGGCUCGUCAAUUGUGAGAACGAAAAACUACAUAAAACAAGUCCGCGAAGUUGCUGUCGCGAGUGGACGCAGCUCUGAUGCUGUUAAAUUCUUUCUCGGGAUUACACCAAUUAUCGGCAAGACUUUAGGGGAAGCACAGGAGAAGUUUGACACAGCGAGAAAGCAAGCUCACGUGCUUGGUGGUUUGGCUCGAUUCGGAGGCUUCACAGGUGUUGAUUUGAGCCCUUUCCCAUUAGACGAGCCAUUCGAGUUCAAGGGCGAAUUGACGGAUGUUGGAAUACAUUCCGCAAUUGAGAAUCUGAAGGCGAACCCAGAUAUCGAUCAGUUUGGCAAGGAACGACUCUGGACACCUCGGAAAAUUGGUGAAAUUAUGGCGAUGGGCGGUGAUGGGGUAAUGCCAGUCGGGACACCAGAGAUGGUCGCUGAUGUGUUUCAAAAAUGGUUCGAAGAAGCUGGAGUAGAUGGCUUCAAUGUUUGCUAUAUAUCAAACCCGCAAAGCUAUACUGACGUGGUGGAUCUGCUGGUGCCCGAGUUGCAGAAGCGAGAUAUCUUUUGGAAAGAUUAUGCAGUUCCUGGUGGCACGAUGCGAGAGAACUUCUAUGCUAAACAAGGACAAUGGCAACUUCCAGAUGAUCAUCCUUCAGCGCAGUACAGAUGGAACGCUCCGGAGCCCAAGACAUGCACCGAUCCGCUGGAGGGAUUCAGGUGGAAUUCACCGAAAGUCGAUUUGACCACGUUGCUCAAGACCCAGGAGUAUGCUGUUAGGCCUUUGGGUGAGAAAUUGGAUACUCAAGAAAAUGUUUCUGAAGUGGUAGUCGUGGCAUGA